CCGAGCGAGCUUGAUUGUUAAAGUUACUUUCAAAUUUGCUUACUCGCAUAAUCCUCCGGAACACGAUUAAGGAUGGGGUGCACCUUGACCGCGCAUGAUAAGGUAGCACAGGAUAGGAGUAAAACGAUUGACAGAAAUUUACGGGACGACGGAGAUAAGUCAUCGAGAGAGGUUAAGUUGCUGCUCCUUGGUGCGGGGGAGUCAGGGAAAAGUACCAUUGUGAAACAGAUGAAGAUCAUUCAUGAAGCGGGCUACUCAGAGGAGGAGUGCAAACAGUACAAAGCAGUCGUGUACAGCAACACCAUCCAGUCCAUCAUCGCCAUCAUCAGAGCCAUGGAACGUCUGAAGAUUGACUUUGCUGACCCGGACCGAGAGGAUGAGGCCCGGCAGCUGGUUGUCCUCUCUGACUCCGCGGAUGAAGGCUACAUGACUGGAGAGCUGUCUGGGAUCAUCUGCCGCCUGUGGAUGGAUGGGGGGGUGCAGUCCUGCUUCAGCCGCUCAAGGGAGUACCAGCUCAAUGACUCGGCUGCCUACUACCUGAAUGACUUGAACAGGAUAUCCAGUGGCAGCUACAUUCCCACACAGCAGGAUGUUCUGCGGAGCAGGGUGAAGACUACUGGCAUUGUGGAGACUCACUUUAGUUUCAAGGAUCUGCACUUCAAAAUGUUUGAUGUGGGAGGCCAGAGAUCCGAGCGGAAGAAGUGGAUUCACUGCUUUGAGGGAGUGACAGCCAUCAUCUUCUGUGUGUCCCUGAGUGACUAUGACCUGGUGUUGGCCGAAGAUGAGGAAAUGAACCGGAUGCAUGAAAGCAUGAAGCUGUUCGACAGCAUUUGCAACAACAAGUGGUUCACUGAGACCUCCAUAAUCAUGUUCCUUAAUAAGAAGGACCUGUUUGAAGGAAAGAUCAGAACGAGUCCUCUCACUAUCUGCUACCCAGACUACACAGGUGGGAACACGUUUGAGGACGCUGCCGCCUAUAUCCAGUGUCAGUUUGAGGACUUGAACAAAAGGAAAGACACUAAAGAGGUCUACACCCACUUCACUUGUGCCACGGAUACCAAAAAUGUGCAGUUUGUCUUUGAUGCGGUCACUGAUGUUAUCAUCAAGAACAACUUGAAAGAUUGUGGCCUCUUCUAGAUUUAGUCAUCUACUGGGGAGUGUUCCUAAAAAAAGAACAACCGAAAAUUGAUAGGUCAUGCUUUCAUAACAUUAGGAUUAGGGUUAGAUUUAGAUUUGUAGUUUAUCUAAGUACAGAAUAUAAAAGUCUUAUUACACAGAUAAUUGAUAUGGUAGCUAAUUGUAUUAACAGUUAACAAUCAUUGUAAUAAAAAGGGUAACCAAAUACUUUUGAUAAAGAUGAAACCUUUUUUUUUAAAACAUUACAGACAUUAUGCUGUUUAUUUUACACUAGUA